AUGCCGCGCGAAAGUCGGCAUCUUCAGCCUAGCCGUGCGAUUGCACCGUAUCCUCCUCGCGAACAACCCGUUGAACGGAGAGUCCCAAGCACAUGGACCGCAGAGGAGGAUGCAAUCCUCAUCAAGGCGCGGGCGGAUGGCCUCAAUUGGGACCCGAUCCACGCGAGGUACUUCAGCAACAAGACUCCGAACGCAUGUCGCAAACGUCACGAGCGCAUCAUGCAGAAUCGUCAGGUCGACGAAUGGGGCUCGCAGAAGAUCGAAUUGCUUGCUUCGGAAUAUCUCAACUGCCGCAAGGAGAUGUGGGUUAUUUUGGCAAAACGUCUUGGCUUGAAAGAGAGCCAAUGGCAAAUGGUUGAAGAGAAGUGUAUGGAGAAAGGUCUGAAGGCCCUGCAGGGUGCUGCACGGCGCGCUCGACGUGGUGGAUCCAUCAACAGCCAGGCUUUCGAAGACACAGGUAAUUUAGACCACGCAAGCGACUCGGGAAUUGGCAUGGGCUCGGACACUGAACAUGAGGUAGGCAUUGAUUCGGCGAACUACCACACACGAUCAUCGUCACAGCAGUACGCUCACGAUAUGCCACAGUCUGCGUCUCGAUCAGUGUCCGACCAUGGCCGCUCUCACAGCAUGUCAAGCGUGUCGAGACUUCCGACCUACGAGCCUCCACCGAUGAUUUCACUGCCUCCGAGAAAUUACGAGGCCGCUCGAUCGACUGCACUUCAUCCUUACGUCGGCUACUCGGCACCUUCCACAUAUCGUCGCCUUUCUCCAGAUUCGCAAAAUGGUCGCGGUGGCAUCAACAUCCAGGCGAUACUCUCCGAUUAG